UUUUCGUAUUAUUUGCGGAAUUCGUAAAAUAUUUUCCUAUUUAAAAUAAAACCUUUAAGUUUAUUGCAAUAAUUCUAGAAAGCUCCAGGUGCUAUUCGUUGAGUUGGUUGAAUUACGUGGAUGAUGUUAGAUAAAAUAAAUCAAUGACCUUUUAAGGCUUCCUGGAUCGAUCGUCAAAAUGCUUCUAAGGCAAUUCAUUUCGGGAAGCAAUGCCAUCGAAGAGAUCUACAUCGUCAAACGCGAGAACGAAAGCGACAAUGAGGAGAAUCCACCGCUGGAGAAAAUGCUACCGGAAACGGGAGCGGUUCCGGUUUCGAUGACUUCAGAUGAUUACGGAACAGAUUUGGCUCCGGCGAUUGAGAUUAAGGAUGAACCGGAAGAGGAUGAUGGUGACAAUAAGGAACUUCUUGUAGAAUGUGGGACGGAAGUGGUUGAGGAGCCAGAACCGAAGGCGGCAAUUAAGAGUGAAAAUGAGGACGAUAUUCCUCUAUCGGUUCGUCUUAAAAAGCUAAAACAGUCGAAAGCUGCAAGGAAAGCACGGAAACGGAAGAAACUGAAAUUGGAGCGAAGCAGCUCAGAGUCAGAUAAUGGAAAUGCCUUUGCUGAGAAUGAAGAAGGGGACAGCGGAAGCGAUGAGGACGAAAAACGGCCUCGCGGGGAACCAAACUGUAAUGUUUGCUCGACGAAAUUUCAAUCCCAGGCCGAGUUGAAAGUUCACCUGCGCAAGAAGCAUUCCGAAAUGGUUCCGUUCCGAUGCGAGAAAUGUGCCUCCGGUGAGGUAAAGAGCGUCUCCUCGCUUAAUCGACACUUUGAAAUGCAUGACCCGGACAAGCCUCACAAGUGCAACUAUUGCGAAGCGCGUUUUUCCACGAGAAUCAAUCGAACGGCCCAUCAGAGAAGGUAUCACAAGGCGGAUUUGGAAAACGACACCAUUCGGAAUGCAAACCGGAGGUUCGUUUGUCGAUAUUGCAAUAAAAGGUUUGCUGCCAAGUUUAAUCUAGAACGGCACGAGCGAAAUCACGAGAUGAAGAUAACGGACGAUGAGGAGUUUCUAAAUCGUCGCAACAAAUGCUACAUAUGUGAUUCGAAACCAUGUGACAGUAAGGAAGCACUCACGGAGCAUCUGAGCAUUCACGUCGAUAAGCUGCCUUACACGUGUAUCCAGUGCGAGGAACCAGGGAUGAUCACUUCGGUUCGAUUGUUGAACAAACAUCUUGCAUCCCAUGAGGAACCGGAGAAGCCUAUCAAGUGCGUUUACUGUGAUGAAAGGUUCAUUUCCGUGGUGGUUUGUCAGGCCCACGAGCGGUCACAUGCUCAAGAGAAGGAAGCAGAUGAGAAGGCCACUGCAAAGAUUGAAGCCGAGAGAAUUUCCACCAAAAUCAUCAUCGUCGAUGGGAUGAAGCGUUACGUUUGUGGCUACUGUGGCAAUUCUUAUUCCCUGUUGAGUACCCUUCGUAGGCACGAGAAUAUCCACACGGGAAAGAUUCAAUACGUUUGCAAGAUCUGCGGCAAAAUCUUCAACAAGUCUUCCUGCUUGCUUCAACACGAGAGAACCCAUUCUCAGGAUGCGCCCUACAAGUGCGAAAUUUGCAAUCGAGGGUUCAAAGAAACGAUUCGACUGAUUGAACAUCGUCGCAUCCACAGCGGAGAACGACCCUUCAAUUGUCCCAACUGUUUCAAAAGCUUCCGAAUUAAACCACUCCUCAAAGAGCACAUUUUACUGUGCACUGCUCCGGACAUCUGCUUGGAAUGCGAGUGUCGCUUCUGCUCCAACGUGUUCAGCACUUUCCGCCUCCUUUCCGAACAUAUUCUCAACAAUCAUCCUCUCACGAUCGAGGAAACCAAUUGCGAGUUCUGCGAUCUGAAGUUCAAAGACAGUUUGCAGCUUGCCGAGCAUGAACAUUAUCAUCGGAACCCUAACUCGAUCAAGUGCGACAUCUGCGGGCGGAUCUUCAAGCAGCUUUCGAACUUGCGGAGACAUCAGCGACUGCACAGCAAUGACGCAGUUCCCUUUCAGUGCGAUCUGUGUGGGAAGAACUUCUCGCAGGCUGGUGCUUUGAAAGUGCAUAAGCGGAUUCAUUCUGGUGAAAAGCCUUACAAGUGUGAGCUAUGCGACAAGCACUUCUACCACAGUUCGACCAUGAAUCGUCACAAGCGGUCGCACUACAAGUCCAAAAGCAAGCUCUUCCUGUUCGGUGAAAAUAAUUCUUCUUCCCAGCCGGAAGACGAUCAGCAAAUAGAAAGUAAACCCGACGUGACCAUAAUCACGAUCUCGUCGAUCGAAGAUUGCAUCACCCCAAAAGCGGUGGAAUCUAACUCCAUGUCAUCGAUUCCUACCUCGGUGGAAGAUCACAACCUUCUGGAAAUGCCGCAAGUGCCUAACGAUGUUCACACUGAUCAGCAGCAAAUUGAGCUAUCUAAUUUUAACAUUGCCGGAACGAACACGGUCUCCAUAGUGGCAGCUGACGGAGUAGAAAGGGUACUGGAUGACGACGGAUCACUUUACGUGUUGAGCACGAAAAUGAUGAUUCCCCAGACGAUCAUGCAGCACCAUUCGGAGGAUCAGAAUGCAGCAGAAUGUUUGAACCUGGAUCCAUCGAUGGGACCCAUGUAGGAGUCUUCUUGAGCUGAGAAAUGCUGUAGAAUAUGAAGUUGUUUUCCUAUAUGUUUAAUGAAGAUGAGAUAAUAAACUGUUAUCUCUGGUAGAAUGAUGUUCACCUUA